CGGCGGGGCGGCGGAAGGGCGCGGGGCGGCGGGCCAUGAACAGCCGCCUGCAGGAGAUCCGCGAGCGGCAGAAGCUGCGGCGGCAGCUCCUGGCGCAGCAGUUAGGAGCUGAAAACGCGGACAGUAUCGGUGCUGUGCUGAACAGCAAGGAUGACCAGCGGGAAAUUGCUGAAGCAAGAGAAACCUGCAGGGCUGCUUAUGAUACAUCUGCACCAAAUGCAAAACGCAAAUAUCCGGAUGAGGGAGAAGCCGAUGAAGAAGACCUUGAAGAAUAUAAGGAUGAGGUAGAACUGCAGCAGGAUGAAGAGAACCUACCCUAUGAAGAAGAGAUUUACAAAGAUUCAAGUACCUUUCUUAAGGGCACUCAGAGCUUAAAUCCGCACAAUGAUUACUGCCAGCACUUCGUGGAUACAGGACACAGACCCCAGAACUUCAUCAGAGAUGUGGGCUUAGCAGAUAGGUUUGAAGAAUAUCCAAAACUUAGAGAGCUCAUCAGACUGAAGGAUGAGCUGAUAUCUAAAUCUAACACUCCUCCCAUGUACUUACAAGCAGACUUGGAAGCUUUUGAUAUUAGAGAACUGAAGUCCAAAUUUGAUGUGAUUCUUUUGGAACCACCAUUGGAGGAAUACUAUCGAGAGACUGGCAUUACUGCCAAUGAGAAAUGCUGGACCUGGGAUGAUAUCAUGAAACUGGAAAUUGAAGAGAUUGCAGCCCCAAGGUCAUUUGUAUUUCUGUGGUGUGGCUCAGGAGAGGGUCUAGACCUUGGCAGAGUGUGUCUGCGCAAAUGGGGUUACAGAAGAUGUGAGGACAUUUGUUGGAUUAAAACCAAUAAAAACAAUCCUGGAAAGACGAAGACUCUAGACCCUAAGGCUGUCUUCCAAAGGACCAAGGAGCACUGCCUCAUGGGCAUCAAGGGAACCGUGCGCCGCAGCACGGACGGGGACUUCAUCCACGCCAACGUUGACAUUGACCUCAUCAUCACCGAGGAGCCGGAAAUCGGCAACAUAGAGAAACCUGUGGAGAUUUUUCACAUCAUUGAGCAUUUCUGCCUCGGGCGGCGGCGUCUUCAUCUCUUCGGGAGGGACAGCACAAUCCGACCRGGCUGGCUGACGGUGGGACCCACCCUCACAAACAGCAAUUUCAAUGCAGAAACCUACUCCUCAUACUUCACUGCUCCCAACUCCCACCUGACGGGCUGCACGGAGGAGAUCGAGAGACUGCGGCCCAAGUCGCCGCCGCCCAAGUCCAAGUCUGACCGGGGAGGUGGCGCCCCGCGGGGCGGCGGGAGAGGAGGGGCGGCCGCCGGCCGCGGAGAGAGGGGCCGGGAGAGGAACAGAACGAACUUCCGCGGCGAGCGGGGUGGCUUCCGAGGGGGCCGUGGGGGCACCCACCGGGGUGGCUUCCCCACRCGCUGAUGACCCUUAUGGAAUUGCUCUCUCCUCCCGGGCCUUGUCUCUGAACCUCUCCUUCCUGGUCCUGUUCAUUUUCGGGACUCAAGCUAGGUGACUUGUAAYGUUGGUUUUGGCGCGAGUGGUUCCAAAGGUUCCAAAGGUUCUGCCUUCCCGACAGGGGCCUGGUGUGGGGGAUCCUGCGCUYGGCUCGGCCUCCCAGCAGCUUCCGUUGGGCAGAAGAGAGCGCCGGCUCGCCAGCCCGCCGUUAGGCUGGGAGUGAAGAGCCUUGCUCCUCCCUUCUGAAACGCGCAAGUUGGGGGCUUUUUAACUGUAGCGUUUUCCAAAAUGUGGAUGGCGCUUCUGCCAUUGUAGGCCCAGGUAUGGCCUGCCGUGGGUUAGCAUGACCCAGCGGGCACAAAAUGCGGUUGGGAGUUGCAUGGCAAUAGCAGACUUAGUCUCUUAUUCAUGUGUCUAUAUUGACACUUAUUUUAACUGCUCUUAAACCAAGGAGCAAAUUGACUAAAUAGAACUCUAUUUUUUUUCCUUCUUUGGCCUAAAUUUUCUGAAUCAUCCAUGGGAACAACUUUUAUUUUUUCCCCUCUCCCUUUGUGGUGUAUUUGCCCUCACAUUUCAUGUUUGUAGUGGGGAGCGUAAUAGUUCUGCCCAGUCACAUGUUGUGCUUCAUGGAAAGCAAAAUCCUUUUAUGCAUUUAUACUUGUUCCAGAUGUCCAGAUGUACAUCUU